AUGGCUGUUACAAAAGAGUCUUUGGAGGAAGUCUUAAAAGAAAAGUUGUCUGCAGAUUAUGUGAUAGCUACUGAUACUUCGGUGUUUGAAGGCAAGACGCUCUUGCAGAAACACCAAAUGGUUAAUAAUGCCGCCAAAGCCGAAAUAGCUACUUUACAUGCUUUCUCACAGGUGAAUAAUAUUCCCACUCAUACAAUUGUUAGUUAUCUUGUCUCUCACACACAUCCCUCAUUACCACCUGAAUUUAAGAAAACGUACACGCCAGCUCAGUGGGAAAAGCAGAAUAAAACUUCUUAA